AUGGCAACAAACGAAGGUUUCGAAAGAGGACAUAGAAAGAAUAAACUGUCUACAUCUUCUUUGCCCCCCUUCUUGUCCUCAUACAAUUCGUCGACUUCCAUCUCUUCGUAUAUCUCGCCUACAAGCGAUUCAGAUUACAAAGGUAAUAGUCCUUUAAUUACGCCGUGUAUAAGAGAACCAUAUUAUGGACAAUCUCUCGGAAUGAGAUCGAAUUCUCAGAUGACAAUAAAUUCGGACACUUGUAACGGACCGCCAGAUCUAAUUCAUUGGGGUAAGUAUUUUGGAUCUAGAUCGUCGCAAUUUUUGAAUAAUGAUUUCAUAUCUAAGAAGUGGAAAGCAAACGAUGAAUCAUACUCAAAGGAUGAAGAUGGAUAUGUGGGGUUUUAUUAUUAUGCUAAUGGUAUUAAUUUCGACAGAAGCGAAAUUACUAUUGAAGAUUAUAUCUGUGAUAUAAUUGGGUUAGAGAAAAAGGAUGAAGAAUAUACUUGGAAGAAAGAUGCUAACAAUGAUUUUUCCACUAAUAGUAAGAAGGAAAUCGUUGUAACAUACUGUACCUACAAUAUAUUCAGUAAAGCUGACUUACGUUCAAAGUUUAAAAUCCGUACGUUUGGGUCAUCUAAGGCUGCAUCAAUUAAGAUCGAAAAAUCUUACCAAAUUAUUCCGAACAGUUUAGAUUCAAGAAAUAGAAAAGUAUAUUCAUUCAGUAUGCAAACGAUAAAAAAUUUAUCUUCUACUUUUUGGGAGGAGUUGACCGUUUCUCAGAUAAUACGAUUAUUCAAUCACCUUGAUAAUCCUGAUAAGCAAAUCACUGGUUUGGUUAGCUACGCGAACUUAACUAGUUCAAAACAAGUCAUAAUUAAAUCUGCAAAACUAUUAGUUAAAUUUUUGAACAAAGGUAACAUGACUGAAACAGAUCCUGCUAUUGGAAGUAUUACAGGGACAGGUAAUAGUGGGGAGUCUAAUAAGAAGACCAAUCAAUAUAAAAAUUCUAUCGUUGAUUCCUUACUAAGGAUUUGCAAUUUAGAUACCAGCGGUGAAGUGAGUGAUAUUACAAUAGAUGAAAUAAGACGUAGAUACUAUAUUAGCAUGGGGGAAGUUGGAGAAUGGGAUAUUGUUAUUUUGAAAAUACUUAAAGUUCGAAGUGGCUCGAACAAGGAAACAGAUUACAUUAGGUUGAUACAUAAACAUCUUAAUUCUAUCAGCAUUCACAAUACUCAACUGGCAUUGGUCCUAAUAGAACAAGUUAAAUUUCUAAUAUCGAAAAAGGAUUAUGAAACUGCUUUGAAAAUAGCGAAAAUUUGUAUCGAAAUACUUCCACUUGAUUUUGAGACUUGGUAUAAUUUGGCAUUAUGCUAUAUUCUUGUAAAAGAUUAUGCAAAUGCUCUACUAGUGAUGAAUUCUAUUCCCAUAAUUUUAUCUCAGAAAUUAAAAAAUAUGGAUACUGACAGCGUUGCAGGCGUUAAGGAUAUAUAUAUAGAAACAUUUAUUAACAGACUUAACUAUAAUGAAGAGGUAAUAUCCGAGAAAACGUUUGAAUCAUACUUCCCAAGGCCUAGAUCGCAUGCUUCUAAUUAUCCGAGAUAUGUCUCUCUAUUGAAGAAAUCUGUACCAGAUGAUGCAUUGGUAGAUGAAGGUUCGAUUCAAAUGAUUUGGAACGAUUUGUUUUUAUUCAAUUCACACCUUCGUCGUCCUAUAAAUGGAAAUCAGUUUUACCAAUCGCCCCUUAUGAAUAGUUCAGCUCGUGAAUUGUCGUCUGUUGAUCCAAACCUUAUCAGACUAUGUGGUCCAUCCUCUGCGAAAAUAAUUCUCUCGGCACAAUCAGCUGGUACAUCAUCAUCAUCAAUCUUGGACUUUGAUAGGAAAUCUACUUGGGGUAGAUGCUAUGAUCUAUUGUCAUUUCUAAUCGCUCUAGUUGGUUGGGACGAUCUUAUCAGGAUAAAAGAAAGAGUUUUUAAAAGCCUGAAUGUGAUAUCUGACAACUCUAGACCAGAAUACGUCGUUAACAAUAACGUCAAAGAGAACACUCAAGUUGUAUGUGAGGGUUGGUUAGAUCAAUUAUUCUUGAUCAUUUAUGAGGAUUUAAAAAGUUUAAUGCUUAUCACUGCUCAUGACAAGGAGCAACAUCAUAGUGCUAUUGAAUGGGAAAUGUUAGGUUUAUUAGGCUGGUCAGUAAAAUACAAUUUGAAUGAGUCUAUAAGUUCAUUAAUGACAAGUGUUAUGGGAACAGCUGCUCUGGGAGGAUUUGAUUAUUUUGGCACUGUGCAGCUACUCGAGAUAUAUGACGAGUUUAUAUUAAGUGAAGUUCUGGAUUCUAACAUUAGUGCAUUGCAUGAUGAUUACGAGCUAAAGUUGCAUGCACAUAAGUUGAUUUUGAAUCUAUCAGAAGAAGUACACGAUGAAUUUAUUAGAUCAUUAGAAGAAGACUAUUUGACAUUAGAUUUCAUAUUGCUCAAUCUAAUGAAGUUAAUAAGUUGGAAUGUAAGAUGGUAUCAGUAUGUUUCGAAUUAUCUAGUAACAAAAAUUUUGACAAAGUUAUGUACGAAAUACGACCUGGUCUUCAUUCGGAGUAAAAUAAGGGUAGUUUUUGAACAAAACAAAUUAAAUACAGCAUUAAAAACGAAGAAUAAGAACAAGUUUUCUUUAAGUUCAAUUUUGGGAUAUUCUUCUACAGCGCAACCUAAAGUGCAUGAAUUUUUAGAAAGCGAUACGAUUGUUGAUUAUACCGAAAAAUUAAUUGGACGGAUUGACGAAAUCAAUCUGCUGGCGGCAACAAGAUAA